AUGCGCUGUCCCGCACAAGCAGCCUCUGCAGCCCGCCGUCUCGCUUCGCGCCCGCUGCGCCAUGCACAGACGCGCCCGCUGACCACAGACGCCCCGCGCCUCGCGUCCGAGGAAGACUGGACGGCGUUCCAGCAGCAGCGCGCGGACCGCAAGUCUCUGAUCGAGCACCUGAGCGCGUUCGGCUCCGCGCAGACGCGCGACAACACCUUCCAGCCGCACCACUCGCUCGCGCGCCCGCCGCCCCCAAAAGACCUCACUCUCUCCGCCCUCCUCGCCGCCGGCGCGCACCUCGGCCACUCGCGCGCGCUCCUCAACCCCAACUUCGUGCCCUACGCGUACGGCACCCGCGCCGGCGUCACCGUCAUCGACCUCGAGCGCACCCUCCCCAUGCUCCGCCGCGCCGCCGCCCUCGUCCGCGCCGUCGCCGCCCGCGACGGCACCGUCCUCUUCGUCGGCACCCGCCCCGACCUCCGCGCGUGCGUCCGCCGCGCCGCCGCGCGCCUCGGCCCCCAGGGCUUCCACGUCGGCGAGAAGUGGCUCCCGGGCACGCUCACGAACCGCAUCCAGUUCUUCGGCCCAGACGUCGCCCGCGCGGAGCGCGUCACCCCCGACCUCGUCGUCUUCCUCAACCCGAUCCCGAACCUCCACGCCAUCCGCGAGUGCGCGAUCGAGCACGUGCCCACCGUCGCCAUCAUCGACACCAACGUCGACCCGCGCAUCGUCAUGUACCCCAUCCCCGCCAACGACGAGAGCACCCGCGUCGCGGAGCUCAUCGCCGGCGUCCUCAGCAUCGCCGGCAGGGAGGGCGUCGCACUCAAGGAGGAGGCCGAGGCCCGCAGGGAGGAGCAAAGGCAGCGCAGGGCGAGGCACGUCUCGCUCACGUACACAUAG